AUGAAUCAAAUAGUUUCUGGGAUUCAAUUCAAUGUAGGUGCUAGAUAUGAAGUUAAAAAAUUAUUAGGAGCUGGUGCCUAUGGACAUGUUGCUCUUGCUAUUGAUAAGAAACAAACUGAUCCAGAGAAACAGAAAGUGGCUAUUAAGAAACUACAUCUAGUAAGAGAUGAAAUUGAUGCAAAAAGAGUGUUAAGAGAAAUUAGAAUUUUAAGAACAAUGCAGCAUGAGAAUAUUUUACAUUUAGAGAACCUAAUCUAUGAUGAAUCCAAUAAAGAGUUAGAGUUUGGAGAAAUUUAUUUAGUUACUAAUUACCUUGAAGUAGAUCUCUAUAAGAUUAUUAAAAGUGGAUAGAAUCUUACAGAUUAACAUUACCAAUAUAUAAUGUAAUUACUAUAUUACUAUUUAGAUAUCAAUUACUUAAAGGGUUAAAAUAUUUGCACUCUGCAAGUAUUGUGCAUAGAGACAUAAAGCCAAGUAAUAUAUUGGCUACUGAAAAUUGUGAAAUAUGCUAUUGUGAUUUUGGAUUGGCAAGAUAAAUAGAAGAGUUGGAAGCAGAGGAUAAUAGAUGCCAAAAUAUGUUGACAGAAUAUGUUGUAACAAGUAUUAAAUAUAUAUAUAAUAUUUAGGGUAUUAUAGAGCUCCUGAAGUAAUGUUAUCAUCACAUGAAUAUUCAACUGCAAUUGAUAUUUGGUCAUUAGGAUGUACAUUUGCUGAAUUAAUUACUAAACAAAUUUUAUUUAAAGGAACUAAUUAUAUAUAAAUGAUAAAACUUAUAUUUGAUACUUUAGGUAAACCUUAGGAUGAUGAUUUAUAAUUUAUUACAAAUAGUAAUGCAAAGAAAUAUGUGAAUAGUCUUUAAACAAAAUAAAAAUGUUCAAUUGGAAGUGUAAUAAAAUAUUCAAAUCCACUUGCAAUUGAUUUGUUAGAUAAAAUGCUAGAAAUCAAUCCUAAAAAAAGAAUUACAAGUGCUUAAGUACUAAAUUCAUAUAUAUUUUUCAGGCAUUAAAUCAUCCAUAUUUAGAAUCUAUAAGAGAUCCUGAUGAUGAACCUUCAUUUGAAGGAAAUCUAGAUUCUCAAUUUGAAAAUGAUAAUACUAUAUUAUUGAAAGAUUUGAAAAUUUUAAUCUUAAAUGAAUUAAAUUUGAUGAAAUAAAUUAAUAAUGAACCAUUGAUAAAUAUUCAAUUAGAAGUUGAAAAAAGAGAACAAAUAGUAAAAAUAAAUUAAUAAAAAAAAUAAUAAUUGAAAUAAUAACAACAAAAAUAAUGA